UUUACUGUGUUUUGCAUUUAUCAUAACGAAAUUUCCACUAACUUUAACUGAGAAUAUUAUCUGAAAAAAUGGCCGCAAAUAUUGCCGCAGCAGCCGCUGCCGCUCAAGAAGUAGAUCCUGUGCUGAAAAAGGCAAUUAAAUUGCUACAUUCAUCUAAUCCAACUUCUGCAGCCGAACUUCGCCUGCUGCUGGAUGAGGCGCUUAAAUUGCGCUUUGGGCCUGAGAAGAUGAUCUCAAAGAAUAUGACCCAGCGCAUGAUGGACGAUGAGGCCAAUUUUCCAGGUCGCGCAACCCCACAACCACCGGCACAGCCAGUGGCAACCGAUGAGAUUAUCAAUCUAACCAACUCACCGGACAAGGUGCCCUCGGAUUCGCCCGACACCAUUGCGGAUUCAGAUGAUGGCAGCGCCGCUGGAUUAGCCAUGAGCGGUGUCGUCAACACAGGCGACACUGGCGACUUUGGUGACUUGAACUGUUGUGUUUGUGGCGAAAUGGUGUAUAAGGCCACCAAUCGACUCAUUGAGUGCUCCGACUGUGGCGCACUUUAUCACCAGGAGUGUCAUAAGCCACCCAUUACCAAUGAAGAGGCAGCCGACGAUCAGGUCCACAUUUGGCAGUGUGAUACCUGUUGUAAUAAGCCCUCGACAAGCCGGGCCGCUGCAAGCAUAGCCUUGCCGGUCGCCACCCCCACUGUGAUCAUACCCGAUGAGCCCAUGCCGCUGGUGCCCAAGACCAAAUCGUCGGUGCCCUCGUCGCGUUCAUCUACAUCCUCCAACUCGUCCUCGCCGUUUUAUAAACCAGAGCCGAGCAGCUCCACAAAUGCCAGCAGCAGCAGUAGCAGCAAGCAUGGACACAAGUCUUCCUCCUCAUCGUCUUCGAAGUCGCAUAAGGAGGAGCGAGCAAGCAAAUCUGUGGCGCCUGCACUAAACACGAUCAGCGCACCAGAGAAACACACUAGCAGCAGCAGUGGCACUUCUUCCUCGAGGCGCGGCAGCUCGACUGCCAAGUCCAGCAAGAGUAAGCAUCACGAAAGCAGCAGCAGCAGUAAACGCAGAGCUAAAUAGUGGACACUUGAAUUAUAAAAUGUGUAUCAUUAUCUUUAAUAUUAAUAUGUAAAAGCUAAUGCGCACAACAUGUAUAUUUAUAGAACAUAUUUAAGCUGACACAGGUCUGAAGCUUCAAAACAUA